CAUGGUGAAACCCCAUCUUUAAAAAAAAAAAAAAAAAAAGACAUCUCAAAUUUAACAUACUCAAAAUUGCACUUACUUCUCCAGUUGUUCAUGCCAAAGUAUCUUUGGCAGUUUUAUUUCUUCUUCUCCAGUUCAUCAAAUCCUCUUGGCUCCACCUUCAAAGUAUAUCCAGAAUUCCAUUUCUCCUCACUUCCACUGCUGCCACUGCAGAUCAGGUAUCUACAGUGGCAGCAGUGGAAGUGAGGAGAAAUGUGAGAAUUCUGUAUCUUCAGGAUUAUUGUUGUGGCUGGUCUUUUUCCUUUGAUCAUUGCUACUUAGAGUCAAUUCUCCACAUAGCAGCCAGAGUGAAUAGCGUUAGCAUGGAAACCAGAUCAAGUUACUCUUCUGCUCAAAACCCUCAGUAUUUUCUUACAUCAAAGGAAAAAUCAGAGUCUUUUUUAAAGGCCUGUGAGGCCCUCUGUGAUCCACUCUGCCCUUCCCCACCUACCACUUUCAUCCACUACUCAAUUCUUUGUUUGCUCAGCUCCACCAACACUAGCUUUUCUGUUGGCCUUUAAACACCACAGUUGUCCUCUGAGGUGGGAGCAGAGCAUUGGGCACUUGGUAAAUGCAGAGUUCAUUUUCUAGACCUGUUCUGGUUUUUAUGUCCUGAUCUUCCCUUUCCUGUUCUCCCUGGAGCUUGGAGAACUCGGGAGUUCCUGGGGAGCCCUGGAGUCCCUACCGUCAUUACUGAGCCAGUAGACGUCCACAGUCCUCUGGCCCUGCUUGGAUUGGAACAUUGUUUGAGGCUGCUGGAGUAAGGAUGCUGCCUGAGAAGAGAGUAAGAAAGAAUGAGACAAACUCCUUACGCAGCUGAGCAAUUGCUCCUUGUAUCGUACCUCUCUUCCCCUAAGAGAAUUACUGCUAUUCCAGAGAAAUGUCAUGUGGCUUCUCUCCACAUUGACUAACCACAUUCCCUUUUCAUUUUCCUGGGUGCCUGCUUCUCUAACCCACUCUCAACUCUGUUUUUCCUAAAACAGGACAUGUUUUAGGAUUGGUCUCCUUUCUGCUAAGUAUCCAUCCCUAUGACAUCCAAAUAUUCAGGGUUUACUGGGAAAAGUGGGGCUAUCUUUUGUGUUAUAACACAAAAUAAUGUUAUCUUUCUACUAAGGAUGCCCCAAAUGUAAACUGGCAAGAUGUGUAAUAUUACUAGAAUUAGGGUAGUGCUGGAAACCGUUCUCUAGAAUUGGACCGUAGCCCUUCCUGACCACACUCCAGCUCACCCUACUAUGUUUUAUCUUUUGAUCAAAAUUUCUCCCACCUGACAUUCAAAGCUUUCCCCCACCCCAAACAUUUCAGGAGAACCAAACGUCAAGCAAAUUCAUUUCUCUCACAUCUGGUACCCAAUUCUAUUCAGUCUUAGGUCUUGGUAACUCUAGAUGAGUUCAUGUGCCUCCCAGAUUGCCUUUGAGAGCCAAUUUCUAUACCUCUCACACCAUGUCCUUCUCUUAUUCCUCUUUUCACUCACCUUGAGCUUGGCGUUGAGUAGCCAGGCUUAACCCUCCUGGCAUCCUUAUGAGGCUAUGCCAUAGUAGUAGUCAAAGGCAUCACUUUAUGGAGAGGAGAGAAAAGGUCUAGGAGGAAGAGAUGAAGGAGUGGGAGUCUUUUUCCUGGGGACACAGGCACUGCUGGGCAGCUGUGGGAAGCAAGGUCUUCACCAUGAUUAUAUUUCCUCUCAUUAUUAGUUCCUGACCAUUUGUAUGCCCAUCUUACUCUUCUCUAUCUCACAUUUACAGUAGAAUACCUAUGUAAUACUUGACAGCAGAUAUAGGCCCUUUCUGCCAAUUUUGCUGAUAACCCAGGAUAAGUACAUUGGACUUCAGUUGGUUCAAACACGAGACCUGAAAGGAGAAGCAACUAGGAAAGAAGGGGAUAUGCUAUCCAGCAAACCCCGGCAUGAGCCUCUCGGACACCCCACAUUAUCCUUCUCAGCUGGAGAGUAUCUCUCUUCCCGUCCAGGACUGCCUUGGACUCCCCGUGCACGCCCAAAGAGCCGCUUCCUGGCCUUCCUCCCCCGACGAGGAUCCCAGUUUGCCUUCUUUUCCUCUGGAAGAGCCUGGCCCCAGGACCCUGGUCCCAGGGAGCCUUCCCUUUUCAGCCUUGUUCCUAGAGGAAGAAGAGGAAGAGGAUGAAGAUGAAGACGAGGAGGAGCCCGAGUGGCUGCGCAGCGAGGAGCAUCCGAGCCAGUUUUUCGCCGAGGCCCAGCGGCUGCGGGAGCAGAGAUUGUUGCUAGACGAAGAGGUGUCAGUCGCGGGGCGGGUAUACGGGGUGCAUCGGGUGAUCUUGGCCGCAGUCAGCAGCCUCUUCCGAGACAGGCUGCUGGGCGGCGGAGGUCCGCGGCCCCCCUUAAGCCUCGAGGUGUCCCCAGGGGGAUGGGAGGCCAUGCUGACCUUUGCCUAUGAGGGAGUGCUGGGCCCCGCCCCGCAGGAGGAUGUGCUGGCGGCCGCCGAGGCGCUGGGAGCGCCCCGGGUGAAGGCUGCUGCCCAGCGGAGAUGCGAGAGGGCUGGAAAUGCCCGGGAAGAUGUAAAGGAGCCCAGCCAGGCAGAGGAGCUGAGGGAGAACCUGCGCGGAAUCGAGCUUCUCUACCGAGAGGGCAUCGGCUGUGACUUGAAGCUGGAGGCAGGCGGCUGCCAGCUGCGGGUGCACCGAGCAGCCCUGGCCUGCGGCAGUGAGUUCUUUGGGGCCAUGCUCCUCAGCGGGAUGAGGGAAUCCAAGGGCACAGAGGUGUCUCUGCGGACCAUCUCCACCCGGGACCUGCGACUCCUGGUCUCUUUUGCUUACUCUGGAGUUGUGCGGGCAAGGUGGCCAGGACUCCUGAGAGCUGCUCAGGCUGCUCUGCAGUACCAGAGCUCUUCCUGCCUGGAUUUGUGUCAGAAAGGCUUGGCACAGGGCCUCAGCCCCGCCCGUUGCCUGGCCCUGUUCCCCAUGGCGGAAGCCCCUGGGUUGGAGAGGCUCUGGAGCAAAGCCCGUCACUACCUCCUCACCCACCUGCCUGCUGUAGCCUUGUGCCGUGCUUUCCCUUCUUUACCAGCUGCCUGCUUGGCUGAGCUUCUGGAUAGUGAUGAGCUUCAUGUGCAGGAGGAGUUCGAGGCCUUUGUGGCUGCACGGUGUUGGCUAGCUGCCAACCCCGAGACCCAAGAGUCAGAGGCCAAGGCCCUGCUGCAAUGCGUCCGCUUUGGCCGCAUGUCCACCAGGGAGCUGCGAAGGGUGCGGGCAGCCGGGCUACCUCCACCCCUGACCCCAGAUCUGUUGCACCAGCUGAUGGUACAGGCUGAUGUUCCAGGCCAAGAGAGACGGAGGGAGCCUGACCAGGCACUGGUAGUGAUUGGCGGGGAUGGGCUGAGACCAGACAUGGCCCUAAGACAACCAUCCCAAGCAGUGUGGUGGGCCCGAGCCUUCCGCUGUGGCAUCGGACUUGUACGAACUGUGGAGUGGGGACAGCUGCCUGCCCUGCCUGCCCCAGGACGCUUCCGGCAUGGGGCCGCGAGCCUGGCAGGACGUGAACUCUAUGUGUGUGGGGGACAAGAUUUCUACAGUCACUCCAACACCCUGGCUUCAACUCUCAGGUGGGAGCCCAAUCAAGAGGACUGGGAGGAAAUGGCUCCUUUGUCCCAGGCUCGAAGCUUUUUCCCCUUGGUGGCACUGGAUGGACAACUUUAUGCCCUAGGUGGAAGACAAAAUGGUGUUGCCCUGGACUCUGUGGAGACCUACAACCCUGAGCUCGAUGUCUGGAGGCCAGCACCUGCACUUCCAGCACCAUGUUUUGCCCAUGCAGCUGCCAUUUUGGAGGGCCGAUUGUAUGUGAGCGGUGGCUGUGGUGGGAGUGGCCAAUACCUGGCCUCACUGCUGCACUACGACCCCAAACUUGAGAAGCCAGGGACAUUUCUGAGCCCUAUGGGGGUACCUCGGGCUGGCCAUGUCAUGGCUGCACUGGGUGGGCGGUUGUAUGUGGCAGGUGGGCUGGGUGAGACUGGGGACCUGCUGAGUUUUGAGGCCUAUGAACUAAGGACUGAUAGCUGGACUCACCUGGCACCUCUACCUUCCCCCCAUGUGGGGGCUGCAGGUGCUGUGCUGCAGGGGGAGCUGCUGGUGCUGGGGGGCUACAGUCACCGUACUUAUGCCCUCUCCCACCUUAUCCAUGCCUACUCUCCCGGCCUGGGCCGAUGGCUUUGCCUGGGAACUCUGCCAAGGCCCCGGGCUGAGAUGCCUGCCUGCAUCCUGACACUGCCCACUGUGCAGCACACAGCUUUGGUUCCCACCCCGCACCAAACCAAGCCUGCCGGGUGAAGAGGGAGCAACAGUGUAUGGGGGAGGAAGGCGUAAGAAAUCAUCUGGGAGAAGGACAGAGAUUAUGGGAGAGAAAGGAAGGUUUUAUUCUUGGCAGUAGUUUAUUCUCAUGCUGUGCAUUGUAAACUGCUUUUGUACGUUUGAUCUCCAUUGAGGAAAUGGUGGUUCCAGAACUCCCGGGGAAAGCAUACUGGGGAAGGGGAGGCAGCUGAAUAUUCCGGUAAGGAAAGGAGAGCCAGGAGCAAAUCCACAAGGCUGAGGGAUUCUUGGGAGGGAAAGUGCAUCUGGUUGGAAAGAGAGUUAAGAAGCUUCAGUAGUCAAAGUGUAGAGAUCAUGAGAGGACAGUUGGGUAAAUGGUUCUGACCCAUGGAUCAAGGGAAAAAUGCAGAAUGGCCAUCCAUGAAAGAGUUUGAGGAGUGUGGGAGGAAGGACUGUAAAUCAUUCAGCGCUUUUUUUCCCCAGAACUUGCUCCUUUCUCCUCUCCCAUCCCUGGGAUGCCUAACCCUUCUUAACAAUAUUCUUUCUCAGGUAAUUUUGUAGCCCUGGUCUAGUGUUUCCUAGCGGAGACACCACAGGCCGCCCCUGAGAGCCUCUUGGUUUCCUUCUGAGGCAAAAGCUCCCACCUGGACAUAGAUGGCACAGCAGCCUGAGAGGCCUGAUGGGUCCUCCAGGGCCACGCGACAGGAGUGGUGUGUGGGGAAGAUGAGGGGGGCAGAGAACAAGGGAGGAGAGACCCACAGCGGAAAACAUGAUCUGAGAUUUGAGGAGAUGGGAUGGAAGAAGUCAGAAUGCUGUCUGGCUUCUUGCUUUCCCUUUGGGCAAUUUGAGGAAUCAGGAGUGAAAACGAGACCAUUGUUGUGUGAGAUCUCAAGUGGUGAGAGGAUGUGGCAGAGAGAAGAGUGAGAAGCAGACAAGACUCAGGAAAGUCAUUUCCCCCUUUCAGUCCCUUUUCCCCCAAGUUAUUUUUAAAUUCAUUUCCCUUUUUCUUGGCCAGGGAAGGUGGUCAGAUGCAUCCUCUUUCUCUCUUCCUCCAUCUUGCUCUCCCCACUAUCCCUCUUUUUUUUUUUCUUUCUUUCUCCCUCACACAGUUAUUAAUCACCUACUUUGUGGCAGGCACUGUAGGAGGCAUCAAGGAUACAGAGGUCACAGAGCCCCUGACCAGCAGAUAGACGUAAACAAAUACAAGUUUUGAGUGGACUUAGACGUAUGGACAAGUCUUGUGAGAGCCCAGAGGAUGGAGCAGGGAACUCUGCCCAGAAGGGCUUCUGUUAGGGAAGGUGUCAUCCGAUGAGUGUAUUUUGAACUGGAUCUUAAAGGCUGCCUGAAGUCUCAGAAGGGGAAAUGCAUUUGAAACACAGAGAAGUGAGGCAUGCCGUACCCUGUUUCUCCAUAGCAAAGGGGAAGUUGGUAUUCCAGAGGUUCUUCAGAUAAUUCUGCUGCUUUUGCCACCUAGCCUGUUCUCUGGAGCCUUCCUGAGGAUAAUGGCUUUCACUUAAUGACUUUGUAUUCCCGCCCUGUACCACUCACCUGUAUCCUUCUUGUGUGCUAUUUUCAUUUCUGCAGCCUGGACAGCUGAGAGCAAAAAAGGAUCAGGUUUUUAUGUGUAGGUUGAUUUUCUAUUACCAUUGUUUAUUAAGAUUUUCAUGUUUCUAAGAGUGAUGAUGGAGCCUCCCUUGCACCCUUCUUCAUUCUGGCCCCAGAAGUACUCGACAUGCAUUUUAUUUAUUUAUUUGUAGAUUUUGUUAUUUUAGUAAGGAUUUUUCUGUGUCUCUAUUUAAGCUAGACUAGGAAUGUAGUCGCAAAUGAGAAAGGGUAAGUAGAACGUCUAAGAGAAAAGAAAAGGAAGAAGGAAGAAAGGGAAGAAGGAAAUUGAAGGAGAUGAGAAGCUAUAAUAAUUGGAUGAACUUCUAUGAACAUUUUUUUGUGAUUUGUACCUAAAGACAGGCUUAAAUAAAGAUUUCACAGUGAUUGAAUCUUU